UACGUGACGCGUGUGUGUAGUGGCCUUAUUUUGUUACUUUUUAAAAAGUGUGUGAAAAUGUUGCGUAAGUGCGUGGCUUUGGCGGCAUUGGGGUGUGUUUUGGCGGGACCCGCUCCUAGGGCGCAGCAUCAGCAGUAUCAAGUUCAACAACAGGAACAGCCAGAAAUCCCACCACACCUCCUGAGACAGUACUUGGCACAACAAGCACCGGCGCAGACGCAGGUCAUAGCCCGCCCACAACCAGCACCCGCUAGACUGCCAUACCAAGUACAAGCCGAGCCUCAGUACCAGCAGUACCAACCAGCGCCUCAGCAGUACAGACCCGCACCUCAACCUCAACCUCAGUACAGACCUCAACCUGCUCAGUACCAGCCCGCGAGACAACAGGACGCCCGCGAGCCUGAAGACUACGAUCCUCACCCAUCCUACCAGUUCGGUUUCGACGUGAACGACGAUCAGUACACCAACUACCAAAACAGGAAAGAACAGAGAGACGGUGACGUCAUCAAGGGCUCGUACUCCGUCGUGGACAGCGAUGGGUUCAUCAGGACCGUGACGUAUACUGCUGACCCUAAGGAAGGCUUCAAGGCUGAGGUAUCCCGACAGCCCACCGACAUCGUGGUAAAGAUCCCCACGCCGAAACCUCAGCUGCAGAGCCUCCAGCCUCAACCCCAGCACCAGCACCAGCAGCACCAGCAGCAACACCAGCAGCAACAGCAGCAGCCGCAGUACUACCGUUACCAACAGUAA